GGCUAGAUAAGCCCGCGUGGCCAUUAAUGGCGGUGGUUGCGGCGCCAUUACGCACGGUAGGUGAGGUGAGAGGUCGGGCGGUAGGUGAGACUUCCAUCAAACUUCUGCGUCACCACCAGUAAGCAAUCUAAAGCCCGGCAUGUCUCAGCUCUUGGAAUAUACGUAUGUACAGCCUGAGAAGGAGAAGCGCUAUCCGCUGCCACCGUCGGUGCUCCUCGUUGCAUCAACCCUUCAGUUUGCCAGGAUUGGUUUCUGCGAUUUCCCAAAAGAUGUUGCACCUUCGCUGAAUUUCCCUUUCCUCAGGCAGCUCAACCUAUGGCGGGUCUCCAUUUCCGAGGAUGUCUUCUCUGUGGUGCUCUCUGGCUGCCGUGUCUUGGGUAACUUAUAUCUGUCAGAGAUUCGUGAUGUGGAUUGCCUCAGCAUUAGCUCGCCAAGUCUCAGGAUCAUCGUCAUCAGCUAUUUGUUUGAGGGCAAAGGAGAAUUGCUCAUUAAGGAGGCCCCUUGCCUUGUAAGGUUGCUAUUAAGUUGUCCAGGCGGUGAGAUUAUUCGGGUUCUUAGGGCGCCUAAAUUGGAGAUAUUGGGCCUUUUGUCUCCCUGCAUUCCAGAAAUUGAUAUUGCUAAUAUAGUCUUCAAGGGAUCGAUCCCAUCCAGGUCUGAAAACCCAAUAUGCACUGUAAAGGUUUUGGCUCUCCAUUUCUCGAGGCCUAAUUUGGAUGCAGUUCUUGACAUCCUUAGAUGCUUCCCCUGCUUGGAAAAGCUCUAUGUCAUUUGGGACGAUUAUGUGAAGGCAGAGAUGAAAAAUGUGCGUCAGUAUGAGCCACUAGAUCCGAUCAAAUGCCUUGAGAGCCAUCUCAAAGUACUGGUGCUGACAAAUUACAAAGGUGGUGAGGAAGAUGUUGGAUUUGCAAAGUUCUUCGUUUUGAAUGCGGAAGUGGUAAAGGAAAUCAACUUUGGAGUGUGUAAGAAUAUUGAUAUCGACAUGAAAUGGAUGACCGACCAACUCAUGCUGCUAGAAGCGGAAAAUAGAGCUUCUCAAGACGCCCGAUUGAAAUUUGGAAGCAGUUCUGCUAGUUGGUUUGGCAGUUUGGAUACCCGGGACCUGUCAAUUGCCGACCCUUUCAGCUAUUGUUUUGUAGAUAGGGUAGACGCCCUUUCAGAAGCAUAUCUGUGAUCUGUCAAUGGCCUAUCUCAUUGAUUGCUUCGUUUGCAGAUUACGUUGAUACCUGAUGGUUGUGCUGUCUUUUGUCUGAAAGAGAGGAGUAUGGAUGCAACCUAGUUUAUUCUAGUUUCAGUUAGCAGUGCAUGCUUGUGUUAACAGUUUACUAGUUUCAAUCAGCGCUUCAUGCUUGUAUUGAAGACUAAUUAUCCUUUCUUUUUCACCCAGAAGUAUGUGAGUUUCUUA